AUGGGUGGUGGUUCCCUAUUUUCUCUUCGCAUUAUUGUUUCUUUACUUUUCCUUUUUAUGUUCUUGCUAGAACCCGUCUAUGGAACUAAAAAGUGUUAUAUUGUAUACUUGGGAGCACAUUCUCAUGGUCCUAACCCUACAUCUCUUCAACUUGAAAUUGCUACCAAUUCUCAUUACGAUUUACUAAGUUCAACUUUGGGCAGUCGAGAGAGAGCAAAAGAAGCAAUCAUUUAUUCAUAUAACAAACACAUCAAUGGAUUUGCUGCUCUACUUGAAGAGGAUCAAGCAUCAGAUAUUGCAAAAAAAGCAAAUGUAGUGUCUGUAUUCUUGAGCAAAUCUCAUAAACUGCACACUACUCGUUCAUGGGAAUUUCUUGGACUGCGUAGAAAUGGUAACACUGCAUGGCAAAAGGGAAGAUUUGGUGAAAAUACAAUAAUUGCCAACAUUGACACUGGUGUUUGGCCGGAAUCCAAGAGCUUCAGCGACAAAGGAUUUGGCCCCAUUCCAUCGAAAUGGCGUGGGGGCAAAGCUUGUCAAAUUCAAAAAUUUGGCAAACUCAAGAAAAAUCCUUGCAACAGGAAGCUAAUUGGAGCAAGAUUCUUCAGCAAUGCUUAUGAAGCAUAUUAUGGCAACCUUCAUCCAUCGCUACUCACCGCACGCGACUUUGUAGGUCACGGAACUCACACUCUAUCAACAGCGGGUGGAAACUUUGUUCCAGGAGCAAGUAUAUUUGCUAUUGGGAAUGGUACUGUAAAAGGCGGUUCACCAAGAGCUAGAGUUGCAACCUACAAAGUGUGUUGGUCUCUAACAGAUGUUGCUGACUGCUUUGGUGCUGAUGUGUUAGCUGCUAUUGAUCAAGCCAUUAGCGAUGGUGUUGAUAUAAUCUCACUUUCCGCUGCUGGCCAGUACCUUGUUAAUCCCGAAGAUAUUUUUACAGACGAGGUUUCAAUAGGUGCAUUUCAUGCACUUUCUAGAAAUAUAUUAUUAGUUGCUUCUGCAGGAAAUGAUGGACCAACACCAGGAAGUGUUGUAAAUGUUGCUCCAUGGGUAUUCACAAUUGCUGCAAGUACAUUAGACAGAGACUUUAGCAGUACUAUAACUUUUGGCAACAAUCAACAAGUGACGGGAGCCAGUCUUUUUGUAAACUUGCCACCAAACAAAGCCUUUUCUUUGAUUCUUGCUACGGAUGGUAAGCUUGCCAAUGCGACGGAUCGUGACGCACAACUUUGUAGGCCGGGAACACUUGAUCCUACAAAAGUGAAGGGAAAAAUAGUGGCAUGCAGUCGAGAAGGAAAUAUAAAAUCAGUUGCUGAAGGUCAGGAAGCUUCAUCUGCAGGCGCAAAGGGAAUGCUUUUGAGCAAUCGACCACAACAAGGGAGAACCACUCUCGCUGAGCCUCAUGUUUUGUCUUGUGUUAGUCAGCCACAUCAAGAAAACAUUUACCAUCCUCCUGCUUUACCAGAACGUGGAGGGUCACGUGCUCCUGCCUUUGACAUAACGGACUCUAAAUUAAAAACAGGUACCACAAUAAGGUUUUCAGGAGCAAAAACAUUCUAUGGAAGAAAGCCAGCUCCAGUAAUGGCUUCAUUCUCAUCUAGAGGACCCAAUAAGAUUCAGCCAUCAAUACUCAAGCCUGAUGUAACUGCACCAGGUGUGAACAUACUUGCUGCCUAUUCACUAUUUGCAAGUGCAUCCAACUUACUAACAGACAAUCGCCGAGGAGUUCCAUUCAACGUACUACAAGGAACCUCUAUGUCUUGCCCUCAUGUGGCUGGAAUUGCAGGACUUAUCAAAACAGUCCAUCCUAAUUGGAGUCCAGCAGCUAUUAAAUCAGCUAUCAUGACCACAGCAACCACACGAGACAACACGAACAAGCCAAUUCAGGAUGCGUUUGCCAAAAAACUGGCAACUCCAUUUGCUUAUGGUUCGGGGCAUGUACAACCUGACCCUGCAAUAGAUCCUGGACUAGUUUAUGAUCUAGGCAUCAAGGAUUACUUGAACUUCUUAUGUGCUUAUGGGUACAACCAACAGCUCAUUUCAGCACUUAAUUUCAACGGUACAUUUACCUGUUCCGGAUCUCACAGUAUAGAAGACUUGAACUACCCUUCAAUCACAUUACCAAAUCUUGGUUUAUACAUCGUUAACGUAACUCGCACAGUCACCAAUGUUGGAUCACCAAGUACAUAUUCGGCAAAAGUCCAUUUGCCUGGAUAUAAAAUUGCUGUUAUACCAAACUCGUUGACUUUCAAGAAAAUUGGUGAAAAGAAAACAUUCAAAGUUAUUGUGCAGGCAACCAAUGUGACUCCAAGGGGGAAAUACCAAUUUGGGGAUUUGCAAUGGACAGAUGGAAAACACAUUGUAAGGAGUCCUAUCACAGUUAAGCGCAGAUAA